UCCUUCCACACUGGAAGUGGAAUUGACGAAUUCUAGUCUGUUUUCUCAAAUUUUUUUUCAUAUAUAAAUCUUUAUUUAUUUUGGAAGAGGUUAAUAAAAUUGAAUAAUUGUUGAGAAGCAUCAUAAGCAUGAGGAUGAUUUUCGGAUUGGAUUGUGUUUUUGAGUAGUAAAAGGAGAAGUUUAAUUAAAUUGAAGAUCACGUCGUUGUGAGGAAUUUGAUGGGAACUCGGCGUUCGAGUUUCCCUUGUUUGCUGAUUUAACUGAAUAAUAUGAUAAGGCUGCAAGAAUUCGCGACUUUGAGAAGUUAAUUGAGAAACAAGUUUGGACUUAGGGUUUUUGAUCGGGGAUCUUGCAUGGAUCGUCAAUGGUGGGUGUGAUACCUCCAUUAGUGUAAGUAAAGCGACUGACGGAGUAGAAUUUCUGGACUCAGUUCCACUUCUUGGAGAAACAAUCAUGGCGCAGAGUAAUUGGGAAGCGGAUAAGAUGCUUGAUGUCUACAUUCAUGACUAUUUGUUGAAAAGAAAAUUGCAUAAUUCAGCGAAAGCUUUCAUGACAGAAGGAAAAGUUGCUACGGAUCCUGUAGCUAUUGAUGCCCCUGGUGGAUUUCUUUUUGAAUGGUGGUCUGUCUUUUGGGACAUCUUCAUUGCACGGACAAAUGAGAAGCAUUCUGAAGCAGCUGCUGCUUAUAUAGAGACACAACAAAUCAAAGUGAGGGAGCAACAACAGCAGCUCCAGAUGCAGCAGCUGCAACUCAUGCAGCAGCGUGCCCAGUUACAAAGAAGGGAUCCUAAUCACCCUCCACUUGGUGGUCCCAUGAACUCUGAAGGAAUGAUGGGGCAGCCAUCUGCCAGUGUAUUGGCUAUGAAAAUGUAUGAAGAGCGUAUGAAGCAUCCUCAUCCCAUGGAUUCGGAGACAUCUCCAGGUAUUAUUGAGGCUAAUAGGAUGGCACUCCUCAAGUCAGCUUCCAGUCAACAAGGACAGUUGAUGCAAGGCAAUUCUGGGAGCAUGCCCGCAGCCUUGCAGCAAAUCCAAGGACGGCCGCAACUGGCUGCUGACAUUAAAGGGGAAGUCAACUUGGGCACAACUCAGAAAUCUUUGCCUAUGGACCCGUCAUCAAUAUAUGGCCAGGCAAUUCUUCAGUCAAAAUCUGGACUAGGCGGUGCAGGAUUGAAUCAAGGAGUCACUGGUCUUCCACUGAAGGGUUGGCCUCUGACAGGAAUUGAUCAAUUACGGCCAAGUUUGGGUUUACAAGUACAAAAGCCCAAUCUGCCGACCCAAAGCCAGUUUCUUUUGGCAUCUCAACAACAGCAGGCUCUAGCACAAGCUCAGGCGCAAGGGAAUCUUGGAAAUUCGCCUAACUAUGGGUUUGGAGGAGUACCAAGGGGUAACUUUAAUGGAAAAGAUGGUCAACCUCCGAGAAAUGAUGGAUCUAUUUGCUCCCCAGUGCAAUCAAAUUCACCAAAGAUGAAAAUGGGCCAAAUGCAGCAGUCUUCCUCUCAACAACAGGAUCAGUUGCAGCAGCAACAGCAAUUGCAACAGAAUAACAGGAAAAGAAAACAACACUCUUCAUCUGGACCUGCCAACAGUACGGGUACUGGAAAUACUGUCGGCCCAUCCCCAGGUUCACCACAAUCAACACAUACACCUGGCGAUGGAAUGACUACUGCUGGCAGCCUGCAGCAUGUCAAUAGUGUAUCCAAGAGUAUGAUGAUGUAUGGUACAGAUGGAGCUGGUGGAAUUGCAUCAUCUACGAAUCAGCUAGAUGACUUGGAGAAUUUUGCAGAUGUUGGUUCCCUUGAAGAUAAUGUGGAGUCCUUUUUGUCUCAUGAUGGAGGGGAUGGAAAUAUAUAUGGCUCUUUGAAACAGACCCUUACUGAGCAUAAAACGGAGACUUCUAAAGGGUUUUCAUUUGGAGAGGUUGGUUGUAUACGAACAAGAAACAAAGUAACUUGUUGCCAUUUUUCUUCGGAUGGAAAGUUGUUAGCUAGUGCUGGACACGACAAAAAGGCUGUUCUUUGGAAUAUGGAUACUCUGCAAACAGAGACUACCCCAGAAGAACAUCAAUACCUGAUAACGGAUAUUCGCUUCCGGCCAAACUCCACUCAACUUGCGACAGCUUCAUUUGACAAGUCUGUCAGACUGUGGGAUGCAGCUAAUCCAAGCUAUUGUCUGCAUGCUUACACAGGGCAUACUUCCCAUGUCAUGUCCCUUGAUUUCCAUCCUAAGAAGAAUGAUCUAUUUUGUUUCUGUGAUAGUAACAACGAAAUACGUUAUUGGAGUAUUAGUCCAUUUUCAUGCACUCGGAUUUCGAAGCAAGGAGGCAGUGCACAAGUAAGGUUCCAACCUAUAACUGGACAUUUGUUGGCAGCAGCAUCCGACAAAGUGGUGUCUAUAUUUGAUGUUGAAAAUGACAGGCAAACACAUAGUUUCCAGGGGCAUUCCGGUGUGGUCAACUACCUUUGCUGGGAUCUCAAUGGUGACCUAUUGGCUUCUGUCAGUGAAGACAGCAUUAAAGUUUGGUCAUUAGCCUCUGGAGAGUGCAUCCAUGAGCUCAACUCAAAUGGGAACCAAUUCCAUUCAUGUGUUUUUCAUCCAAGUUAUUCUGCUCUCUUGGUUAUUGGAGGAUCACGGUCCUUGGAAUUGUGGAACAUGGUUGAGAACAAAAGCAUGACGGUUCCUGCACACGAGAACAUAAUUGCUGCUUUGGCACAGUCGCCUCUAACAGGAAUGGUUGCAUCUGCUAGCCACGACAGUUCCGUUAAGUUGUGGAAAUAAUACAAGAUUUGCUGGUCAGGAUAUUCCAUGGAAAUUCGUCAUAGCUUUGUGAAGUUUUUCUUGGGCGUGUCUUGUAAGAAAUGUUGUUAUCAAUCUUCUCAUUGUACGUCUUUCAAGAUGUUUAGUUGAUCUACAGUGAGUUGAGAAGCAGGUAGACCAGACGCAAGUGUGCUUUCAAGGUAGCAAAAUGUCAUUAAUUCCAUAUUAUUGAUUACCUCUAAA